AAAGGAAUCCGUAAUAAUUUAUUAUUUAAAAAUUUGGAAAUUAAUGCCACUAAUUCAGGAAAAAAGGAACGACAGUUUGCAUCAUGGGACAUCAUUGAUCAGGCAUAUAAAAUGGAUAUUUACACAAAUACAUUAAAUCGUCAAUUGCCAAAAUUAACCGAUGAACAUGUUAUUAGAUCAAAAAUAAAAAAGAUGAAAGUUAAAUGUGCUGCUCAAAUUUUUAGUGCAAGAUUAUCAGCAUAUAUUGAAUACAACAGCAAAAUCAAAGGAGGAUUUAUCGAGACACAGAUUGGUCCAUUACAAAUACCAAAGGCAGGAUAUGACACAGCAAUAGUGUUAGAUUUUUUCAACAAAGUUUUUGAUUCCGUGAACGCUCAUACUUUGCAUCCAGAGACUCCUUUACGUGUUGCGGUAACAAAAAAUAGCAAACACCAUGAUUUUUGGCCACAUGCUACUAAAUUAUUGUCCGACAUGCAAUAUGUAGAUCCGAAUACUAAGCAACCAGUUAAGUGCAUACCAUCAUUAAAAAAUUGGAUUUUUACUCUACGUGGAUUUCAGAACAUAUGGAAAAUAGUUGAUAACGCAGGUAUAAAAUUUUUAAAGACAAGAAUUAAUCAAGAUCCACUAGAAAACUUUUUUGGUGGCGAUAAAAACACUAUUCCACAGCAAACUAUGGGAGUUGUUUAUCUAUUUACUUAUAUGAUCUGUGGUAUUCUUUAUACUUGGGUGCCCGAGGCACCCUAG